GAUGAUGCUGACCGUACAAACAUCACACACAUUUAUGAAGCAAAAACAUGUGAACUAAAUGCAGAGAAAGCUUUUAUACAGUUCUGAAAUUCAUUAAUAGUUUUAUAAUUUUAUGCAUGUUUGUUUUAAAAGUACCCCAAAAUUACUUUAUAAAGGAUCUAAUUUAUAAAAAUAUCAAUAAUAUCAUAUUGAUCUAAAACUAAAUUUGCACUAUUUGAUGUGUUAUUAUAGCUGCUCAGUUCACAGGAAAUACAAGUGUUUAAAUGAAAUCAUGUGUCAGAGUCAAGCUCCAGAGAGGCACAACGUGGUUAACAUCCACAAUCAGCUGAUUAGACAUAACAAAGUUCUUUGAUAGUAGAAUAUUUAAAAUAUGGAGCAGGAGACGCGGAGCAGAGCUUUCAUGUAGUCACGUUUCAUCUGUGAACGUUUACAUCCAAACAUCUCCAGCAGCACCCUGAGGUUAUCGCUCAGAACGAAGCUCUGAGAAUUAAAAGAGGGAAGAACCGCCCAGUGCAUCGUGGGACGUCCUCCAACGCUGACCUUAAAGCAGCAGAACAAAGAUGCGGUUCAUGCUUCCCUGCGUGGGCAGCAGGGAGGGAGGGGCAGCGUGUUAUACUGUGUUACUGUGAAAGCUCUGUGUGUGACUGCAUGCCUCACUGUGUGGACGGCGUUUGUGCAGAGCGUCUCUGGGACACAUUUUUCUGCAGUCUUUCCUCAUCAGUAAAGUCUUUUUAUAUAAAAUAUGAAAAAUAUAUGUUUAAAAAGCAGCGAGCUCCAGGACUGAAGAUGAACCCAGUGAGAUCAUCACCCGUCUGAAGUCUGUCACUCCUGAUUUAUUAAAAUGCUCCAAACAAGCCUCACAAACUGCCAAAUGUCCAUCUUUUAUAUCCAGUCUAUGCUUUAGACUGCGCUGCUCAGUGUGGAUCCUUCGGGGCGGCCACGCUCGCUGCCAGGGUCCUGAGGGGACUGCGGUCCUCCUCCUGGUGAUGAGACACGAAGCUCAGAGGAAGGAAGAGAAGAGCAGCUGUGAGCCAGCAGAGUCAAGGUUGAUCUUUGUGGUGAAACGAGUGACGCGGUUACGUGGUCAGCUCAGAGUCUGGGGAGUGCUGUGGGGUCUCCGUGGAAACAGGAAGUCACACCUGACCUGCUGGAGGCUGGAAGACGAGAAGUUCCGGACAUCCUCCUGUCCAUGCAUCUGUCUGUGACUGCCCGCUAGUCGGGAAAGAUCUCGCGCUGUGAUUGGCUGAAAGACUUGUCUUCAACGAUCCACCCCUCCUGCAUCCAUCCGGGCCAUCAGCGCAGAGUUCUGGGUGUUUUCCGUCCACAGUCCCGCUGGCGUAGCACUGGUUUCAGCUCAGUAACGAGCAGAGACCAUGCUUGGAUCUAAAAUGUUCACUUUGGCACUUUUUGCGCUGCUGUGCUCGGGACCGACGCAGAGCCGCGAGACUCACUCCCUCCAUUACAUCUACACGGCGCUCUCCAAACCCGUCGGCCUCCCGGGCAUCCACGAGUUCACAGCCAUGGGUUUGCUGGAUAAGAGGAUGAUCGACUACUUUGACAGCGAGAAUCAGGUGAAAGUUCCUAAACAGGAGUGGAUGAGAGAGCGUUUACCUGCUGAUUACUGGGAUAAAGGUACACAGUCCCGCAAGAGCAAGCAGCAGUGGUUCAAGGUCAACAUCGGCAUCCUGAUGGAGCGAAUGAGACAGAAUGAAUCAGACACCCCUCAUGUUCUUCAGUGGAUGCACGGCUGUGAGGGUGAAACUCAGCCUGAUGGCACGCUGAAGUUUGUCCAAGGCAUGGACAUGUACAGCUACGACGGAGACGACUUCCUGUCCUUCGAUGGUAAAAAUGAAGUGUGGGUCGCUCCGACUCCACAGGCACUUCCCACCAAGAGGACGUGGGACGGCGUCCAGGUGCUGAAAGAGUACACCAAGGGAUACCUGGAGAACGAGUGCAUCGAUUGGCUGAGCAAGUUUGUGUAUUAUGGGAAAGAAAAGCUCAAAUCUGUGCCUGAGGUUUAUACGUUUACAAAGACCUCCACAGUGGAUACAAACGUGGUGCUGACCUGCCUCGCCACAGGCUUCCACCCAGCGGAGCUCACAGUGACGAUCAGAAGGAACGGGCGUGUCCUGACUGCAGACGACGGCCUACAGAGCUCAGGAGUUCUUCCAAAUGACGAUGAAACCUUCCAGAGGAGAGAGUACGUGGAGGUUUUAAAGUCUGAUGUGUCUGUGUUCAGCUGUGAGGUCACACACAAGGCGACCAAUGAGCAUGCUCUGAAGGACUGGGACGAUCGUCUGCUCCCAGACUCUGAAGGAAGCUCAGUUCACAUCCUCGUUGCUGCUGUGGUCGUCCCGCUCGUGGUCAUCUGUGUCGCUGCGGUUCUCCUGGUUCUGUGUAAAAAAACACGACAAAUGAUGUUGGAGCUAACAGCCAGAGUCCUGUGACUCCACUGAAUCCAACACAUGGCUUUUAAAAAGUGUUCCUGCCCCUUUAAGCUGAACCUCCAUCACAGGGACAUUUAAACAAGCCUGCUCUAAGAAAGUUUAAGACAUUUCCUCUGUAAAAAAGUGGGAUCAUUUUUAAAGGUGCUUUGUAAAAACAUGUUGUCAGCAGGCUUCACUCAAACCAAACUUACAGCAGGUUUGUGCAGCAGCAGGAAUAAAAUACAUGCUAAAUCUGCUCGAUCUUCAUAGAAAUGUGAAUAAUGCUUUUAAAGAAGAUGGAUCGUAACAUCAGAGCCUGAGGAACUGUUCACAGCUCUGAGUUUGAGUCGCAGCCUGAUCACUCAUCAAGUUUCAGUGUCAAACCAGGUGGGAGGAAGUAUUUUAAAAAUAUUUAUUAUUUUAAAUUCAUUAUUUAAGAAUUAAUUUUAUGUGCCACAGUAGCCUCUGGACUGUUUCCUCAUUACAAUCGAUUUGCCAUCAGAAAUAAAACAGCGUGUUGUUUCUGUCUGCAAACUGAGUGAAGAGCAGGCGUGGAACUCUGUCAGUACUGGUUUGGGUGGUAAUAUUAAAACAUGUACUCGCGUGUUAGCAUUUCAAAAGUUCUGUUUUCAGACAGUAACGAGUACUUUUAUUCUACGACGGUCACAAGAACCAGACUUAAAUUCCACCUGGAAACUCAGCAGAACUGUUAGCGGCUAAUGCUAGCAGCAGGGUCACAACACGGCUCGUCACAAAGUGUAUUCAGUCCGUCCAUGUGCGACAUUAACAGGCUGCUAAUUAAACACAUUUAAUUGUGUUAAAUUGUUUUUUCUGAAGUUCAGACUGAGGCUGACAAACAGCUAAAGAGCAGCUGAGCCGUCACAAGCUCGGGGAUAAACCGAGCUGUGGCUGAACACGCAGUGCUCAUAAACUUUAUUUUUAUUAACUUUGAUUUAGUCUCUUUUGUAUCAUAAUUUGAUUCUUAACACAAUUUAUUUGUUAAUCUUCAUGUAAUAAGAUUAUCUUUAUAUUUCAUCUGUUUCUCUCCUCGUGAUGAAACUGAUUCAAUCUUUUGAUCAGUCAGUGAAAUAUCUGCUGUAAGAAAUCUGUCAUCCUGAAAUCUCUUCCUUCAUUAUUUGAAGUGUUGAAAAUGAUCCUGGCUGUAAAAUAGGACAGCUGUGUUUAAAAUGUGUUACAGUCUUUUAUGUAAAAGCUGCUUGCAUGUGUUGUAUACUGUUAAGAGAUUUCUUAGGAUUUUGGGAUUUUUAUUAUGUUAUGCUUAAAAGUACGUUUCAUUAUCUAAAUGUGUUUGCUCUUUUCAGUAUUCAGCUUAAACUCUGCAACUCUGUGCAGACUCCUAAAUGGGGAAGUUACA